GUUGCCGUUUCCGUGCCAAGGAAUACGCCAAUGUCAGUGAUACCUUUCCUGUUAUUCGGCCUAUUCCGUACGUCGCAAAGCGAUCGCCGUGCAGAUGACGACGUGCCGGAUGUGAAAUAAAAAACUCUGGGAUUGCCUUAAUUCGAACUAACAUGGCCGGCUGAUGAACCUGAUGUUUCAACCGGUGAAGAGAAACCGGUUUAACGAAUUUCGAUUUUGAGUUUCAGCACAGUUUUCAUUUUUCUGUAAAAAGGGAUUAUGAUAAUUUUAUUUAAACUGGAAACCAAAGUACAGUGCGAUAAUCAUGUUCUUUGCAUGAUCGUGAUGGGAAUGAGCAAUCAGAAUAUGGAGUACCUGCUUCUUGUGCUUCUGGGUCAGGUGCAAAAGCCGUCAGGCAAUAAUUGCAGUUUUAUUCCUCGAUGAUGCGCUGGCAUACUCCCUACCGUAUUCUGUUGCAAGUGUAUUGAAAAACGAUGUAAUGACAACGAAUUUCAUAUUUUUCCGGACGUUUUCCCAACCGUCCGGACCUCACUUGUCAAGAUCCGCUCAUGGAUUGCCAUUAUCCCCAGAAAAUCAUCUAUCGAUAUUUAAUACCUGAAAGAUGCAUGAGCAAGUCGGAUUGCGCCUCAUCUUCGUUUACAGAGCGGACUACAAUCGCAGUGCAACCGUAAAAGAUUAGUUCCACGCUACACAUGCCGGAUGGUGCGACAGGGGUUAACCGCUGUACAAACUGGCGCUUUAUUGUAAUUCAGGUGCACAUGCUGGGUGCCUGUGUAUGCAGCAGAAGAUGCACCUACUGGAAAAGAUUUUAUGGGCUUUGCUGUCACUGCUGAGCCCUGAACCAGGCAAUGUACAGACGUGUACUGUCAGCAAAGCUCCUGCUCAUCGAUCCGGACCGAGAACACUUUUCGAUGACAUAGUGGACGAUGGCAUUGGUACCCGGCGCGCCGAUGUAAUCCAGCUUCAAUUCCCCAACAGUUUGGUACCCAAGCUUGGCAGUGCAGAAGCGGACUGGAAAAUCCGUCGACCGCGUUUGGGAGCGGAAAUCACAAUGACCUGCGAAGUACCGGACGGCGCCGCACUGUCCUUCAUUUCUUGGACACAUCAGGGCGCUCUCGUUUAUGAUCAAGGCCGCGCCAUACCAAUACGGGCCGGAGGGCCGGACCGCGGAAAAUAUAAUUUCUCGCAGACCAGCAUCGUGGUCCUCUUUCGCAUCGCCCAUGUAACCAUCCAUUCCAGCGGCGAAGUGACAUGUCUCCUAUUGAAGGACCCUGUCCACGAACAGUAUGACGUCCUACGUCGCUACAAAAUCCUGCCGCGACUAACCAGCGCACGUGACCUUUUCGUGAACAAAAUGGCGGACGUGUGGACAAACGUCGGAGAUAAUGUGAUAUUUAAUUGCAGCGUGUCCGUUACUUUGCCUAGAUAUAUGAUCUUGAACUAUCGCAACAAGUGGAUCUGGCGCCACAACGGACGUGUUAUUAUGGCUCCCAGUGGAGAGCCUUACGCGACGCUCUUGGGUCCCCACUGGCGACAUGGUACGAUGACCAAUGUGGCCUUUGAUGGCACUGACGAAACUCUGGAUGAAACAGUUAACUUCAGAAUGCCUUUUCACCAGCUAACACCGCAAGACAGCGGUCCGGUGGAGUGCUGGUUCCGCCUCUAUCCUGACAUACAUGAGUGGAUUCGGCAAACUGUAUACCUCAACGUAAUGAGCCCAAAGUAGAAAAGCAUUUUUUGAGGCCUUUGAGUACCGCUACUACCCGAAUAAAUAAAAUGAAUUACAACACUAUCCCAAGAUGUUAUUUCUUCAUAUUAUUAUUUCUUCUUGUUUCGGAUUGACACAUAUGACAUCGUAAUACAUUUCGAAACAUAGUACAUACUAUGUAUGUACUAUGUACAAGCUUGUCCGGUAAUUUCCUACGUAAAGGUACAGCGAGCGCGAAGUUAGCGCUUAAAACGACUGCCACGUCACUAAGUUUGACACAUUGUCUAAAUGCGCUCCGCAGUUAGGUUGCUCCUUACUGCACCGACCGUUUUCCAGCCACCUUC